AGAGGCAGGCUGCGGGCAACCUCACUGCUACUAUCGCUUGGCCGGGCCCGCCCGCCUCUCUCACCUGAGGAUAUUAUCCGCAUAGGAACUGCAGUCCAAUCAUGCUUCUCCAGUGCAUGAGAGAUUUAUUAAGAACAGGAUGCCUCAAUGUUCAAAGUUCUCAAGCGCAUCAACAUUUGAGAAUCAUAAAGCAUAUAAGUACUAGUGCAGUCUCUCAACACCGAAGGAGAGUGGUUAUCACAGGUAUAGGAUUAGUAUCUCCUCUGGGUGUUGGAACUCAGUUUGUAUGGAACAGCCUUCUCCAAGGGAACUGCGGGAUUGUUGCUCUUGAGGGAGAGGAAUAUUCCACCAUUCCAUGUAAAGUGGCCGCUUGUGUUCCAAAGGGAGUCGGUGAAGGUCAGUUCCUCGGAGAAAACUUUGUGUCAAAAGCAGAGAGCAAAGCCAUGUCUACUGCCACAGUUAUGGCCAUAGGUGCUGCCGAUCUAGCAUUAAAAGAUUCUGGCUGGUACCCACAGUCUGAACUGGACCACCUAAGUACUGGCGUGGCAAUAGGAAUGGGCAUGGUUCCACUGGAGGAUAUUUCUGAUACAGCCUUGAUGUUCAAGACAAAAGGUUACAACAAAGUCAGCCCAUUCUUUGUCCCAAGGAUCUUAAUCAAUAUGGCUGCUGGUCAUAUUAGCAUUAAAUACCACUUGAAAGGUCCCAACCAUGCCGUAUCAACUGCUUGUACUACAGGGGCCCAUGCUGUUGGAGAUGCUUUUCGAUUUGUAGCCUACAGGGACGCUGAUGUGAUGCUGGCUGGAGGAACGGAGGCUUGCAUUAGUCCAUUGUCCCUGGCUGGGUUUGCUAGAGCUCGGGCUCUGAGUACCAGUUUUAACGCAAGUCCCAAACUGUCUUGCCGGCCAUUCCAUUCACAGAGAGAAGGCUUUGUCAUGGGAGAAGGUGCUGCAGUUUUGGUUUUGGAAGAAUAUGAGCAUGCUGUGCAAAGAGGAGCCAAAGUGUAUGCAGAAAUCUUGGGCUAUGGACUCUCAGGUGAUGCUUGUCACAUAACAGCACCUGACCCAAAUGGGGAUGGUGCCUUCAGAUGCAUGGCUACAGCAUUAAAGGAUUCUGGAAUUUGCCCUGAAGAUGUAGCAUAUAUCAAUGCUCAUGCCACCUCCACCCCACUAGGAGAUGCUGCAGAGAAUCAAGCUAUUAAGAGACUCUUUAAAGAGCAUGCAUACUCCCUUGCAGUUUCCUCCACAAAAGGAGCAACUGGCCAUCUCUUGGGUGCUGCAGGAGCUAUUGAGGCAGCAUUUACAGCUUUGGCUUGUAAACAUAAAGUUUUACCACCUACUCUAAAUCUGGAUCAGACAGAGCCACCAUUUGACCUCAACUACGUUCCGCUUGUACCUCAAAAAUGGAAAAGUGAAAAACGCCUAAUUGCUCUCACUAAUUCUUUCGGCUUUGGUGGAACUAAUGCAACACUAUGCCUGGCUAGUAUUUAGCUUUGUAGCCUGCCCAAAU